AUGGCUUCGGAAUCCCAACAACACAACAAGGGAGAAAGCCAACCAUCUGAAAGCACCCUUUUUCCUUCAGGAAGACAUAAGCGUCCUCCACCAAUGAGUUAUCCUCCUACAUUGGGAUAUGCACCACCACCACCACAUUCAGCCUAUCCACCGCCCGGUUAUUACCCUUAUGCGCGAGCACCACCACCAGCCUAUUACGUUAAUUCUACAGUACAUCAACAAGGAUGUCAAAAGUCAUCAAGUUUCUUACAAGGCAUUCUGUCAACAAUAAUAUUCUUGGUGAUGUUUAUAUUUACACUCCAAUUAAUCAUGCUGCUUGCAUUGCGUCCUGAACUUCCUGUUUUUCACGUUGAAGACUUUUCUGUAUUAAAUUUUAAUGCCACCAUGCCUACCUUCACGGCUAUUUGGGAAGCAUACGUAUCAGUUAAGAAUCCAAAUACCAGAUUGAAAAUAGACUUUGGUCCAAUACAUAGCCAUAUGUAUUACGACAAAGAUUAUAUCCUUGCUUCAGCUAAUUCCCCUAAGUUCUCCAUGGAAACAAAGACAAGAAACGUAAUACAUGCCAGGCUAUCGGCCAAUAACACGGAUAACUCGGUGGAGAGCAGGGUGGUGGAUAAAUUGGCCAAGGAAAGAAGCAAUGGGGCGGUGGGUUUUCAUUUUAGAAUGGUGUUCUCGACUUGUAGUAGAUCGGGUUCAUGGUUUAGAUCAAAUCCUCGAAGCAUGGAAGUUGUGUGUGAGGAUAUUAAAAUUGCUUUUGCGGGUGCUUCAGGUGAUGGGAAUAUUGCAGCCAGUGCAGAUAGGGACUGCUUAGUUCUUAGCUAG